CCAAUCGAUUGAAUCCGUCCGUCGUUUGUAAGAUGACAUCCAAACCACGCAGAGAAGCCACUGUUUUAUAUAGCAUAUUUUUUCUUGAUUCCACGUUCGACGCAACUCGGAAGCAUUGGAAUUACUGCAAAUUGUUGGCACCAUGGAUAUUGGCCUAUCCUUGGUAUAAUGAACGGUUCUGUUUGUCUCUCCAAAGCGCGUCUUCCAACUGUUAUAUCUCGGGUUCCGUAAACUUUGGUGAAAGUGUGGAGGAUGAAUGGUUUGUCGUUUGGUUGCUCUACCAACUGACAACUUACGACCAAAACAUUGUGAUCCAGGUUGAAGAUGAAGAUGGUGAAUUUCUACUGAUAGAAGCAGCCGACUUCCUACCGAAGUGGCUAACUCCCGAGAAUUCGAGUAAUCGGAUUUGGAUUUGGAAUGGACAGGUCGGUUGGUUGGAACAGGAAAAACCCGGUUCUCUUUGUCAGACUGAGGCUUUGCGAAUAAUGCGAAACGAAAGCUUGGUUAAUUCUAUCUCGUUGAAGUUCUCUGAGAUGGUUAACCGUGCCAUUAGUAAGAAAAUCAAGGGCUACCCCGACCGGAUUAAAGCUAUGACCCACGUAGCUCACGUGGUUCUACCCUACACUGCUGCAGCUGUUCUUUCUCUCCCCCACGCGCAACUCUUAAUGGGAGCCGCUACCCUGGCCCUAGCUGCAUUUCAGUAUGAUCCUGUUAGUUGUCGAAAGUUAUUACACUCGGACGGCUGUCUGUUUCGCAUCGGAUAUAAGAUGAGACAAAACAGUGGAAUGAGCUCCACGUGGCCGAAACUAAGGGAUUUGCCAAUGAGUUUUUUAAAGACAACUUGCCUAUUCAACCGGCUGCACUAUGCCAGGCUACGCUCGCUUCCGACUCCCACCGGUGUCAAGUAUCCUCGUGAAUGCAAAUCUGUGACUGAACGCAUGGCCGUCGAGUUAGGACUAAAACUGUGUACUGGACUUGACUUGCUCUUACUGUCUACAAAACGUACUUCGAACGAUAUUCAGACGCCAACUGUUCUGCCUGUCAGUAUUACAAAUACGGCUACCUGGGAGGACUUUCUUAAGAGAUUGGAAUCACUUGGGUAUUUUCGCGGGGAAUUGCCAGGCUCUCGUCUACACACUCAACUGUUGGAAAAUGCCAAGUCUUAUUUCCAAGACUGUGUAUCUGAGCCAGCCCUUUGCCAGAGUGGUGAUCUGGCCGGUCGUUUGACUCGUACUCCGGCCGAUAUCCUGUGGCAACUGCUGGGUUCAAUCGAAAACGACCCAUCGUUGAUCCCGUCUGUUGCAGAGUUUCAAGAACGGGAGGCCCAACUUCCACCAGCUGAUGAUGAAUCCUGGCUAUUCGUGACACCGGACGAAUUGGACGCCAUGUUGGCCUCACACUCAAAUGCCACGGAAGAUACCAUGAACACUUCUAUUGCAGAUAAACUUGACAGAUUUAUGAACGCAUCCUCUUCUUUUCAAGGAGUCGAUCUUUCGCCGGUGAAGUCUGGAGGGAAGCGCAGGAUAUCCCCUUUGACGGGUGAUGCUGUUGGGGAGAGCGAAGACUCUUCACAUGAUGAGACUAUUUCAGAUGACUCCGAGGAUGGCUAUUCUGAACAACUGCCUCGCUCCCAAAACACCAGCACAAACGAAUAUACUGGACGGACAAUGAACAUGGCAGAUAUGAUGCGGUCAUUGGUGAAUAAAAUAGUCUUAUCCUCCUCUAUUGCUUCACUAGACGGUUCUCAUCCGGCACUGCCUGCGUCACUCAUGGGAAACCAGAGCACCCAAGUCGAUCAGAAGACCCGUUUCAGCGACCGUGUGCGCCCAACUGUUAAGAAAUCAGAUUUAAUGAGCAGCUCAAGUGAAGAUGACUUAUUAGAUCUCUACGGACCUGGAAGCGAUGCACGAUUGGACAGAUUUGACAGGACCUUGCAACCGUCAUCUGAUGAUUCCUCUUCUGAUCUUCAGAAGUGGAAAGCCCCGGUGCGACAUCAGAAAAAACCUCACAAGGCGUCAAAGGAAGCCCAGAAUAGCACCUCCUUGUCCCAGAUUAUCCCUCCUAACUUUACACGUAGGACAACAAAGAGUGUCGACUCAGAAUGUUCAAGUGAUGAAGAACCGACUGCCGGUCAGGUUGGAUGGUUCAGAUCUUCUAAUGGGCGUUCCAAGAACACAGCUCCCGUUGAAGAACACAGUCCACAUGACGAGAUAGGGGGUUCCGAAAUGACAACAAAGAGUGUCGACUCAGAAUGUUCAAGUGAUGAAGAACCGACUGCCGGUCAGGUUGGAUGGUUCAGAUCUUCUAAUGGGCGUUCCAAGAACACAGCUCCCGUUGAAGAACACAGUCCACAUGACGAGAUAGGUGGUUCCGAAAUGUUCUCUUUCAAGGACUACUUUGCACUGAUGGAGGAAGAAUUGUUCGGUGAACCAGUUAGUUCUGGUCGGUGUCGUUCUACGGCUGCUUCAGCGCGGCGUCCCGGAAAGAAGAAUAGCUUGUCUCACCGCAAGAAGCCUCGCCACCGCCAUUCCAACGCUGUUCUAGCCCAACCCGAGCAGUUUGAUGUAUCAGAGGGUGACUAUCAGUUGAACUCUGAAGACAGUGAGACUGAACUGAGUCCUGACCUGGAAAAUCAUGUGACUCAAAAUCUUUUUACAUCAGCUGUUUCUUCUGGACAGAUGCCGCAUGCGCCCACCGGGGCAGCCGCUCAGCUGUUUACCGCUCUCGGUAUACCAGUUCAUCAGAUGGCCGCGGCAGUUUCCUCCAAGGCUUUCAAAGGUGGUCAUACACCCCGGAACGAAAACUGAUUUCAUCGCCAUCUUUGCAACUGUACAUAUAAAUAGUUUAGUCUCCUCUUUUGUCUCAUUGCAUCAUUCCUAACACAUAUCACCUUCCCCCGCUAAGCAUAACUUCUGCUUCAUUUUUCAAUUCAACUUGAAGACAAUCAAUUGGAAGAAAGGAUCAACAUGACUUCAAGUAUGGCAUUAAACUAGAUAAACUUUUAUUGUGCACGAGAAAGCUCACUGCGACCGCUAAGUGGGAUUCUACGUUGGAUGUAUCACUCAGUGGGGUAGCGUUUUUGCCUUCCUCCGAGUCGGAACGGGUUAAAAGUAGCCAGUCCGUAAUCCUCAGACGCCCUUCUCCCAAAUGUUCACCGUGAUCACCGGCAUAUGUAUU